CAUUCAAACGGUUGGUGUCGGUAACGGUGCGAGAGCGAAAGAUCCAACCGCGACCGGACGUGCACGAGCGCCACGUGUUCUUCGGUGGCUGUUCUUGGGCCGUGUUUGAAUUGCCUGCCCCACCGUCGAGAAAAAAAUCGAAACGCAGUGAACCGGGUGAACUGCAUGUUGCAUUGCACCUGGCCGGGCCGUGCUCCGAAACGCGUCCUAUGUUAAUAUUUAGUGUGGUAGCCUGGUAGAAUUUGAGUUCUAUUUUUCCACUGGUGGUGUCGCGCUGUUACUUUCGACCUGAUCAAGCUUUCAUCAAGGAGCGCAGCCGUUGCCUUUACUUUUCCCAACAAACGGAACCGGACCCCGGUUUAGCUUGCCAGCGCUAGAAAUGAGCCGACCUUUCGUAAUACUGGCACUGGCGUGCCUCGCCAGCGUGUGCGUUUCGGUUAGUGGCCUUUCCGAAACAUCAUCGGCCGACGUGCCGGAGAUUCCUGUCGAUGGUGUCCCGAGUGCCGAUGACGAUAGGCCCAAUUACAUGGCAUUCAACGAAAAUGCAUUCAACGAUAACGACCUACCGCCACCACCGCCAACUCCCUCACCGACCGACGGUGACUCACGGAUGGUACCGAGCGGCAGCUGGAGCGGAAUGCCCCGGUGGCGCUUCAGCCCGGAGCUGCUGGACAGUCUGAGGGCAGCGCUCGAGGUGGAAAACGAGAUGUUUAUGCCGCACAACGAGCACCAGCUGUUCCGGACGGCACAGGGCAGCGAAGACGAGAACGAGCGGGGUCAGUACGGGUUUGGACGGAAUCUUCCCAAACGAGCACCGACAGGAUUUACGGGCAUGCGAGGACGACGGGUUCCUUCCGGAUUUAAUGGAAUGCGGGGCAAGAAGUCUCUGUCUCUGUUCAGUUGGAACAAUCAGGCAUCACGCGGUGGUCCCAACUCGUAUCGAGAUGGCAAACGGGCUCCUUCCGGAUUUAUGGGGAUGCGUGGCAAGAAGAGCUUUGACACAUCGCUGGACGAACGAUGGAGUUUGGACGACGUGAACACCGAUCGAAUGGCCAAAGAGUAUCCAAACUUUCUCGUGCUUGAUCCUGCGUUCGGGCCCUCGAUGCAUCUGAAUGCGGCACCUCCGAAACGAGUUCCGAACGGGUUUAUGGGGCUGCGUGGGAAAUAAACAUGGAUCGUGCUAAAUAAUCAUCAUGGACGACGAAAUAGUUACCCAGGCAGAUAGUUAUUCAUCGAUCGAUGGAGAUGUCUCGCAUCGAAUGUCCUUCCGACUAGCAGCAGCAUUGUAAAACGCAACAUGUAUCGUUAACCCUUUAAUCUACCCGUCAAGGCUUCUGCUGCUGAACAUAUCAUCAUGAUCAUCAUUAUCAGUGCGGCAACUAACACGUCACGUGACAGUAUGUGUGUGUGUGCGUGUGCGCGUAAUAUUCCCCUGCUGUACAGUAGAUCGAGGGCGUGGAGGAGUGAGUUGAGUGUGUGGAUUGUGCAAACUGUUUGUAAAUUUUCCGACAAAACUGUUACGAUAACGAACAACACUAUUUCGCUCACAGAAAUUAUAUCAUUUCAAAAUGAAUACAAACUGGCUUCUGGAAAUAUUACAGCACCGUUA